CGGAGGGGACAAGACCAAGGCGGGAGGGAAGCGGCCGGCCGGGAGCGCCCCACACGCACAGCAAGAUGCUGUCCUGGCGGCUGCAGACGGGCCCGGAGAAGGCCGAGCUGCAGGAGCUCAACGCGCGCCUCUAUGACUACGUGUGCCGGGUGCGGGAGCUGGAGCGCGAGAACCUUCUCCUGGAGGAGGAGUUGCGCGGCCGGCGCGGGCAGGAGGGCCUGUGGGCCGAGUGGCAGGCGCGCUUCGCCGACGAGGCGCGCGGCUUGCGGGAGCAGCUGGACGAGCUGAGCUGGGCCACGGCGCAGGCGGAGAGCGAGCGCGACGCGUUUCGGCGCGAGCUGCGGGAGCUGCAGCGCCUGGACGCGGAGGCCCGCGCCGCCCGCGGCCGCCUGGACGCCGAGCUGGGCGCGCAGCGGCGCGAGCUGCAGGAGGAGCUGAGCGCGCGCGCCGCCCUCGAGGCGCUGCUGGGCCGGCUGCAGGCCGAACGCCACGGCCUCGAUGCGGCCCACGAGCGCGAAGUGCGGGAGCUGCGCGCGCGCGCCGCCGGCCUGACCAUGCACUACCGCGCCCGCGCCGCCGGCCCCGCCGCGCCCCCGCCGCGCCUGCGGGAGGUGCAAGACAGCUACGCGCUGCUGGUGGCCGAGUCGUGGCGGGAGACCGUGCAGCUGUACGAGGACGAGGUGCGCGAGCUGGAGGAGGCACUACGGCGCGGCCAGGAGAGCCGGCUCCAGGUCGAGGAGGAGACGCGGCUGUGCGCGCAGGAGGCGGAGGCGCUGCGGCGCCAGGCGCUCGAGCUGGAGCAGCUGCGCGCGCGGCUGGAGGACGAGCUGCUGCGGAUGCGCGAGGAGUACGGGCUGCAGGCGGAGGAGCGGCAGAGAGUGAUUGACUGCCUGGAGGAUGAGAAGGAGAACCUCACCUUGGCCAUGGCUGACCGGCUGCGAGACUAUCAGGAGCUCCUGCAGGUGAAGACCAGCCUCAGCCGGGAGGUGGCCACUUACCGGGCCUUAUUGGAAGGAGAAAGUAAUCCGGAGAUACUGAUCUGGACUGAGCAUGUUGAAAACAUGCCACCAGAAUUCAGAACCAAGUCCUACCAAUACACUGGCUCAGCAUUACAGAGGGAAAACGAAAGAAAUCUGUUGUCACGGCAGAAGGCACCUUUGGCAGGUUUAAAUCGCAGCUCGGCCGUGUACUCUAACCGGUCCGGGUACGCUGCAUCUCAGACGACCACGUCUGUUGGCAGUGCUGCCAGAAGAGGCCUCCUGGGGUUGGGAUAUCCUUCCCCGGCCACUGGCCAGCAGGAGAAUUCUUACGGCAAAACUGUCAACAGUCAGACCAGUUUCAGAACCUUCUCUCCAACCUAUGGUCUUUUAAGAAACACUGAAGCUCAGGUGAAAACAUUCUCCGACAGACCGAAAGCUGAAGGCGCAAGGGCUGCCCCCGCUUACUCAGCCAGAGAGCCCACGGUGGUCCAGGAGUCGCACCGAGACAGCGUGGCAGCAGGUGCCCCCAGAAGCACUCGGUCAAGUGAGAGGACCGUCACUUUGGGAAAGAAGACAGAAGUGAGUACCACAAGGGAGCAAGAAGGAAACAGACCAGCAACCAUCAAAGCAAAGCAAGAAGAAAAACUGUUUGAUUCUAAAGAGAAGGCUUCAGAGGAGAGAAACUUACGGUGGGAAGAACUGACGAAGUUAGACAAGGAAGCGAGAGAGAGAGAGAGCCGGCACAUGAGGGAGAGAGCCCGGGGGAAGGAAUCGCUGAAGGAGAAAAGCGUGAGCGAAAGAGAGGUACCGGUUAGUCUAGAAGUAUCCCAGGACAGCAGACCAGAGGCGUCCCCGAAAGGUCCGCAGACACCCGUAAAGAAGGAGGCUGGGGACGCUACCGGCCGAGAGGCGGAGACAAGAGAGGCUCGGUUCAGGUUGGGUGACACCGCCAGCUCUCCGCAAGGCGACUCCACGACAGAAACCAUCGCAGAAAACAUCGUUACCAGCAUCCUUAAGCAGUUUACUCAGUCUCCAGAUGCAGAAGCAUCUGCUAAUGCUUUCCCAGACACAAAAGUCACCUACAUGGCCAGGAAAGAGCUUCCUGGUGAAAAGAAAACAAAGACUGAAAUCGUCGUGGAGUCUAAGCUGACUGAAGACGUCGACAUUUCCAACGAAGCUGGCCUAGACUACCUUUUGAGCAAGGAUAUGAAGGAAGUGGGGCUGAAAGGGAAGUCGGCUGAGCGGAUGAUAGGAGACAUAAUCAACCUGGGUCUGAAGGGAAAGGAGGGGAGAGCAAAGGUGGUCAACGUGGAGAUCAUCGAGGAGCCUGUGAGCUACGUGGGAGGUGACAAGGCAGAGGCCUUCUCCGUCCCGUUCGAGGUGGAGGAGGUCGAUGAUGUGUCUCCGGGCUCCAAGGGGCUUGUUGAGGAAGAGGAGAGUUAUGGAGAGACCGAUGUCACGUUCUCAGUUAAUCAAAGUCAAAGGACCAAGCAGCCCCAGGAGAACAUAACUCACGUUGAAGAGGUGACAGAGGCAGGUGACUCAGAGGGCGAGCAGAGUUAUUUUGUGUCGACUCCAGACGAACACCCCGGGGACCACGACAGAGAUGACGGCUCUGUGUAUGGGCAGAUCCACAUCGAGGAAGAAUCCACCAUCAGGUACUCUUGGCAGGAUGAAAUCGUGCAGGGGACGUGGAGGAGAAGAAAGAGGGACGACGAGGUGGGCGAGCAGGUUGUGAAGCCCCUGGAUGUCCCAGCACCCUCUCCGGAGGGGGAGGUGGGUUCUACUCACUGGAAAGAACAAACUAGAAGUGGUGAAUUUCACGCUGAACCCAUAGUCAUCGAAAAAGAAAUUAAAAUACCGCACGAAUUCCACACCUCCAUUAAGGGCAUGUCCUCCAAGGAGCCCCGGCACCAGCUGGCGGAGGUCAUCGGGCAGCUGGAGGAAACCCUUCCCGAGCGCAUGAAGGAGGAGCUGUCCGCCCUGACCAGAGAGGGUCUAGAUGAGUCAGGGGGCGUUUCGGUGGACGUAAAGAAAGUCCAGACCUCUGGCGGGGGUUCCGUGUCCUUGGUGGCUGAGGUCAGCCUCUCGGAGACCGUGGAUGCCGAUCAGUUAGACCUAGAGCAGCUUAGCAGAGACGAAGCUGGGGAGAUAGAGAAAACCGUGGAGUCGGUGGUACGAGAGAGCUUGGCCAGGCGACAUGGCUCAGCGCCGGGAAGCCCAGACGGGGAAGAUGGGGCGGAGGCACCGGGCGUCGGCCUUCGCUUCAAGCGCUGGGCCACCCGGGAACUGUACAGCCCCUCCGCUGAGAGGGAGGAGGCUGGCGAGGCCUCUCGUGGCAGGGAGCGGCUCACUUCCCCGGGCCCGGUCUCGGCCACCCUGGAGGUCAGCAGCCCAGGGGCCGUCGCCCAGUCACACGUGCUGGAGGACGUGAGCCGCUCCGUAAGGCACGUUAAACUAGGCCCCACUGAGAUCUGGAGGACUGAGCGAGUCUCGCAAGGAGGACCCACUGCAGGAGUGGCGGAGGUAAGUGGGGGAGGCGACCCGAGUCAGGCAGCGAGCUCGGCCGGAGUGUCGGGUCCCCAUCAGAGUCAAGUGUCCAAGGAAGCCUUCUUCCAAGGCCCUGUCCCUGCCUGUCAGGAGGCGGGAGGCACGGAAGACGCUGGCCCGGCAGAGUUUCCCGCAGAUGCCACCGACAGCUCGGGGAGGCACAGCACAUUUGGCUCCAGACAGUUUCAUGCCGAGAAGGAAAUUACCUUUCAGGGUCCCAUUUCUGCAGCAGGGAAGGUUGGUGAUUCUUUUGCAACAGAAGCGGCGGCGGGUGUCCAGACUUCUGUAAGGCACCUUCAGUUAGGCCCUAAAGGAGGGUUCAGUGAGCACAUCCAGUUCGUAGCCCCGCUUCCGGGUGAAAUGCAGGUGGGUGUCGGUGGAGGUGCUGUACACGUGGAAGAGUCGCCAGGGAGUGGCACAUCUGUCAGGCACAUCAGCAUCGGGCCCCAGGGGCACCAAACCACUGAGCACAUAGUUUACCAUGGGCCGGUUUCCCAACUCGUGGAAUUUAGUGACUCAGAAAGCAUUGUCCCCAGAGAGGGCUCAGCAGAUGUGACCCAGUCCACUCGUAGUUACACCUUGGGUGGGAAAACCCUUGUGACUGAAAAGAGCUUCCAAAGGGUCGUUUCCAAAUCUCAGGAUAGUGCGGGGGACAUGUCAGGGGCAGAAGUGACAUCGGGCAUUAGCAGAUCCUUUAGGCACAUUCGACUAGGUCCUACAGAAACUGAAACCUCUGAACAUGUUGUCUUCCAUGGACCCGUGUCCAAAACAUUUGCUCCGCCUGGUUCAGCGGCGCCCCCUGAGCUAGACGAGUUAGCGGACGGCAGCAGAACACUCAGGCACAUUGCACCGGGGCCCAAAGAAACUUCAUUUACUUUUCAGAUGGAUGUGAGUCACGUAGAGGCCAUCCCCAGCUGGACACGAGAGGCAGGAACGGAAGCAGAAGCUCACGGUGUGUCUGACCGUGGUGGCUGGAGUCACGCGGACAGUAGGAAUGACCAGGCAGCCGGCGGGAGCCUUAAGGCCCCUGCUGGGGCUGGACGCCAGGCCCACGGAGAGCAGGGCAAGGAGCAGGCAGAGUUUGAUAAGACGGUGCAGCUGCAGAGAAUGGUAGACCAAAGGUCGGUGAUUUCGGAUGAAAAGAAAGUUGCCCUCCUCUAUCUAGACAAUGAGGAGGAGGAGAAUGAUGGGCAUUGGUUUUGAUAAACAGAAAUAUUUUAUUUUAAAUGGCAUCUUAUUUGGUAACAUACCAACAUACAAAGGCCUUUACUGAUUUCAAGGGGUGGGGGAAGGCUCACUUGUAGAACCUCUCCCUGUUCCACUUUCUUUAAACACUUCUCCAGGCAGUGUCAAUUUACUUUAAUCUGUAAAGGUUUCAAAUUAAUUCAUGCCUUACAAGGCAUGGGAAUUUUAUUUUUGACUGAGGACUUCUACAAAACACUUUUUUUCCUGGAGUUUUCUCUCCACUUCUGCAGACGCUUUCUACCAGUUUUGCACCUGGUCACACACAUGGCUUGCAUCUGCUUGAAACUACAGUUAUCUAUAGGCAAGGUGCCUAAACAUUAACUAGAUUAGAGUAAUGACAUUAAUAUACUGAAGAGUAACUUUGUUUGCAUGUGCUAAUAUGAAAUAAUAAACUAACAUUUUAAGGGAAAAAUAAAUACAUUUUUCUCCUUCCAAAGUCUUUUCAAAAAGAGAUCCUAGGAAAUAAGCAGACUGCUUUUGUUAGGAAAAUUUUGCUGAAUGAUUUCAUCUUUAGGAAAAAGUUGUCAUACAGCGUUAAAUUCAUUUAAAGACUUGAAUGAAUUGCUGUCUAUGUGCAGAACUUUAAAAAAUAUAGUGUUUUAUUUAUGGAGAGGACACCUGUGGUCUAUUGUGAUAUUUCAAAUUAUGUUUGCCCAGGUUCCCCGCACUGGGUCUGUGGGUAGGAGAGGUGAUCAUUGGGAAUCGCUGAUGGUACCAUUUCUUAACGGCACCUGGUCAUUAGGCAGCGCACAGCCUGAGUACUCCUUUCUGUUAUAGCCUGUGUUCUGGAGUAGCCAGCUCCUGUCAGACUGAGUACACUCGAGCUUCUAUGCACCCUAACCUUAGCACCCAGACACUUAAUUCCAUGGGCAGGAGGUAGACCCUGAAGACAAUGACGAGAAUGUUGAUGCUCAGACUGCAGCUGGACUGGCAAGUAGGUCGUGUGCAGGAAAAUUGGAAACACAAGGUGGACUGUGCCUCCCAAAGAAGCCUUUCUCCACCCACUGCUCAUGGGGUGGAGGUCUUUCUGAGCGCAGAGAGUGAAAGAUGAAAAAGCAACAACCACGAACCAGCCUCGCGGAAGCUUUUUUGCACUUUGAACAGAAAUCAUUACAGUUGGGGUGAUUUGUCCAGGGAAACGAAUACUGCGUUAAAUAGAAUAAGAUGUUUUGGGGAGGGAACCGGGUAGCUGUCCUGCAGCCCAGCACUGAGACACCUAAGACGGGCCCUGGAGGGUGACUAAGGCCAUCAUGCUCGUGGGCCACAGAAUGUGGACCUGCAGGUACACACCACUGAGUUUAAGAUACUAGGAUGAGUGUGCUCUGUUGGAUUCAUUUUAUUUUACACAUGGGUAUUGUUUUUAAAGCUUCCAUCUUUAAAGAUAGAUCACAUAAAAGUAGUAUCUUUAGCCCACAGCAUUGUUUUAGUUCAGGCUAAUUUCUUUCACAUAAUGUUGUCUGAACUGUACUUUCUAUAACACAGUAUAUCACAGAGCUGACUGUAGUGCUCUGAGGAGUAGCGAUCAGAGGUUACCACCACCUUCAGGCAGGUUGUGAUGACAGCAUUGGAGGGUCUUCCCUCUCGGAUUCACAGAGUGGCCCUCAGACCUCCAGGGUGCACGUCUCCUCAGGUCCUGGUAGUGGCUAGAGCAGGUAGUUUAUGGAGAGUGCAUUUUCAUAAUCGAUAAAUGGAGGAGAAAUGCAGCACGGCUUUCAAGAUCUAUUUUUAAAACACCAUGAAUCAGGGUGUAGAAAGAAAGUUGAUUUGAAUUGCAAGUUUAAACCUUCGUAACCCAUCUGCCAAGUGAACUAGUGAUUAUCAGACUGGUGUGGAGGUGACUGCUUCGCACAGAUUCGUCAUUUCUAAGACAGUCAAAGAUGUGCUGAUUUUAUUUUAGCUGUAAUUGGUAAUGGUAUUUGUAUAAGUGAUUGAUGAGAAUUUGGUCAAGGCGACAGCCUCCUGUUUGAUGGCAGCAUAGACUGAUGAAGAAUCUGUUAUGAAUCUAAGUGGGCUGAGUGUGAUGUCAGUAUCUUAGCUUAUAACCUUGUGAAUGGAUGCUGAUGUGAACAGGUUAUUAAUAUCGUGACCCACUUCCGUUUACUUUGGAACAUAAAUAUCUUACAUCUUAAUUUUCAUCUCCAAGUUGUAAGGCAUAGCUUCAAGAAGCAUUUUGCCAGAAGUAGUUACCAGUAUGGAAUCAGGAGCUGUCGUUGGUUACUAAGUCUCAGAAUCACCCUGGGAGAGAGUGUGCUCUCAGCAUUGUGACAGGUCACCCAGAACGUCUGUGUUCUUUAAAACCAGUCACUCCGGAGACAAGAGGAAUCAACUUCGUGGUUGGACAAGGCAGGAACACAACCAGUCUUUUCCUAUUUAUUGCUGUUUAGACAAAACAGUCUUCAUUGAAUGUUUUUCAACUUCCCACUGGUUGUUUUGAUAUUGUUUGUUUAAGAUGUAUAUUUAGAAUGGAAUCAUCUAAGAAGCUGAUUUUGUUAACCUCCUGUUCCCCACAAAGGGAAACUUCACAAGAAUGUAUAAAAAUAAAAAUCUGAGAGAAAAAAC